AUUUGGUGUGAGCAGCCACAUUAGUCAGAGCUUUCAGAGGGCUGAACGCCGUUGAUGGGAAGACAGCCUUCGUCCACAGUAUAUAAUAUUUCAACUCAAGAAGCUACACCCGUUUUCGGAAACUACAACAUUAUUGGGCCGACAACGUAUAUGCUUAAGGCAACUUGUGCAGCUUUGAAAUAGUUUGUAGUACGACCAGGCAAUAUUUUCUUAUUUAGGCUUUAUGCAACUGAGAGUCGAAAUCUGCUACUGCUUGGAAGUUUAUUUAGGUUUUAUAAAGCACGGUUAGCGUGCUUCAGUGCCUGACACGCCAGUUUCUCUUCUUUUCUUAAAAUCAAUGGUGUAAUUAAUUUGUUCCUGUGGAUAGCCUACUAUGAAGCAAAUAGGCGCUGUAGAUAUUCUGGACUCCAAUGAGUGCUUGUUGGUUCGGGACAGGAGAGAUCGCGAAAUGCGCUCCCGGGAAAGGAUGGAAGGGGAAGGGGACCGCUUGCGUACUCGAGAUAGACUGGAAGCAACGGUUGCCGGACUGGGAGAAUUGGAAUACCUGAGACAGAGACAGGAAUUGUUGGUGAGGAGUAUACUAAGUCACCAGGAAAAUACUACAAUAGCCGGGGGAGAAAAAGUAUGUGGCGCAGCGGAGAACUACUUGAGCUCCGAGGAAAAACUCUUGGAAGAAAAUAUCUUAUUGCUAAAAAAGCAGUUGAACUGCCUGAGGAGAAGGGACGCUGGUUUAAUUAAUCAGCUGCAAGAGCUGGACAGACAGAUCAGCGAUCUGCGACUGGACACUGAAAAGGUCUCACAUGACCACAUGGAGACUGACAGCCGCCCUAGCUCAGGUUUUUACGAGCUGAGCGAUGGGGCAUCGGGAUCCCUCUCAAACUCCUCCAACUCUGUCUUCAGUGAGUGUUUGUCCAGCUGUCGCUCCAGCACCUGCUUCUGCAGCCCUCUGGAUGCCUCAGUCACUGUCUCUGAGGGCAGGCCCAAAUCGUCAGAUGACGUGUUGGGUUGUGUUGAGUGUGAGGGUCCAUGUGAUGAGUCAAAUUCUGGAGCAGUAAAGAGGUCAUUCUCUGCCCCCUACUCUCCUUCUGUUGAUGGCUCGUCUGACAGCCAGUCCAAGUACCACUGUGACCUAAUCGCCAAGAAUGGGAGUGAUGUAUACCGCUACCCCAGUCCGCUUCACGCUGUGGCUGUCCAGAGCCCCAUAUUCUUUCAGUCUCUUGUCAGCCACUUGAAAGAUGACGGUGUCCCACUGAAGGCUGGUGAGGCAUUGUGCGACUUGGGAAAGGCUGAGCAGCCUGUAGCAUCCCAGAGCCCCGGCUGGCCAGCUUCCUGCACACCCAGCAAGAAAUUGGACAAUUACAUUUUCGGCCUACUUCAAAGGAGGGUUCAGCCUAUGAGGACCAGCAAGCCAAGGACCAGUAUAAAUACAGACCCUUCCAAGAGCAUUCUGAGGCAAGCCAGCCUCUGUGUGCGGCAAGCCAGUGGCCAGUCUCAAGGCAAGACCCCUGACCUCAAGACAAACUGGCCAGUGUGUUUAUCAGCUGGUGCAAUACACAACGGUGACACUGGUGUGGGGUCUCCCUUGAAACAGUGGGCAUCUGAGGUCAAAGGUGAACCUUCAGAGAACUGUAAGUCCCACAUCUUGAGCUGUGUUCAGAGUGAACGUUUAAAUGAGAAAGAUGUUCAGACAAACAGCCUCCCAAAACAGAAGGGGUUUGCGGCCAGUAAAGGCCUGCCAUCGAUUGCUACAUCCAAGGAUUACCAGGACCCUGGCAGCCCUCAUGUGGUCUCUUCCACAGUAGAUAACUAUCCUUUCUUAGAAAAGAUGGAAAGCCCAAAAGUUUCACAGCAAAAAACUCCAAAAUCUGCCCAAGCCAUUUUGCCUGCUCUGGAGGACAGGCCUACCCUUGAGUUGGUUAGUUUGGGCUCCUCCUCCCAUAGUCAGGACGAAUGUGGGCCGUUGGUCAGUGCCCAGUACAUCCCGGCUCAAAAGCAGACUGUGAAGCUGCGUAAAGGCAGUAAGAAUGUGAAGGUUGUGAAAGUGAAGAAUGCCUCACUGAAAUCACGGAUUCCUGCUGAUCCUGUCCUGGAAGCUGGGCGAGAGAAGCCACGGGCCGGGUCCCGGAAACAUCGUUUCCCCGAGGAAGCGCACAACCCGCACAAGACCACCAGGAAAACCUCCUCCAGAGCCAAGAGAAUUCCUGCAGUCAUCCCAGAAGGGCAGGUUGUGGACAAACACCCUCCUCCACCGACAGCCAAGAUGGCUGCCUCAAGACAUCAUGCCCAUGGUCGUGAUUCCGUGCUUGCCAAACCCAAGUACAAGAGGAGUGAUUACCGGAGGCUGAAAUCUAUAACUGAGGUGCCAUAUGAGGAGGCCAUGAGGAGAGCACGGAUGAGACAGAAAAAGGCAAUUUUGGGGCAUGUAUCUGCAAUGUACCUGCCAUCUAACAGUCAGUACACCAGUCCUUAUGCCUAUGUCGGCAGCGACUCUGAGUAUUCUGCCGAGUGUGCCUCCUUGUUCCACUCUACCAUCAUGGACACAAGUGAAGAUGAGAGAAGCAAUUACACCACCAACUGCUUUGGGGACAGUGAAUCCAGCUCCAGUGAGGUGGACUUUGUAGGGGAGAGCACCACUACCAGUGACUCGGAAGAGAGUGCGGGGGUGAACUGGCCCCAGUUUGGGCAGACGGGGUCCGUACUCCCCCAGGAAAUGACCUCUACACAGGCCAAGGCUUUUGUGAAGAUCAAGGCAUCGCACAACCUCAAGAAGAAGAUACUCCGUUUCCGGUCAGGGUCUUUGAAACUUAUGACGACUGUGUAAGAAACUUCAUAAUGAUGCUGCCAAUUGAAUUGGCCCCUUUUCACCCAACAAGUGCCUAGUCUGGUUUCAGCAUCUGGUUAUAAUCUGUCCCUGAGACUUUUAAAAAGAAACAUAAAGGGGGUAUGACCACCGGUAUAUGUGUUCAGAAAACCCCCUAUACCUGCACUUUCUGAGAGAUAUCACACAUGUUGGGUAUUGUUUCAGAAGCAUUAUCUGUGUAGCCCCAUUAUUUUAAUGUAUUUAGCCAUUUUUUUAUAUUUAUUGACUCCAUAUUUGCAGUAGUGUGCCUUUAUGGUAUAUUAUGUAAAUACAUGUCAUUGACCUGGUUUACCUUUGUAUUAAAAUAUUUAAAGCCUAAUAUAUUUGAUUAGUCCUGUGGAAAGGAAAAUAUGGAAUUUGACAGAUGAAUGAAGCAGAUCUUUACUCUAAGUGAAGGGGAAGAAAGCUCUCUGGAUAGACUCAGUCUAUUUUGGGUUGCAGAGGUUUCAGAACAUCUUCAAGAUAAGUGCUGAUAACAUGGUGCUUCUGAUAUAUGUGCACAUAAUAUAUGCAUGGGAAACUGCUUUACCUGUUUAUGUUGAUGCCAAAUAGCUGUAAAUUGCAUCUGAUUGUAUAGAACAUUUCUGUAUAUUGUUAAAACUGGUGCUUUCUUUUUAUGCUUUAAUAAAUGUCUGCUUUAAAGUUCAGAA